AUGGAAGACGUGGAACUAGAGAAUCGCGAUCCUCCACCACUGGAAGGAUAUUUGGAUCGAGCAUCGCAAGCAUCGAGCGAGUAUGCGAUGUCGUAUGAAAGUUCUAUAGACGAAUUCAUGCCGCCACUUUCUUUGACGAACGAUGACGAGUCAAGAGUUUCAGAAGAUGGUUACUAUUAUAUUCGCGAAACGAGAUCAAAAAACGAUAGUCCUACUCGAUCGGUCAAAUCAUGCUAUUUACAAAAUUUGGAAUCCAAUGAAGAGCUUCGAUACAUUGUCGAUGAGACGUACCACAUUGAUGGAAACGCCAAUGCGGAAAUUGAUGAGAACACCGAUCGAAGUUGUGAAUCUCCACAUCCGUCUGAAGAGAGAGCCGAAUUUGAUCGGCGUACUGUUCGGAAUUGUCUACGCGAUUUUUAUUUAACAAAAGAGGAAUUUGAUGAAAUGAUCGCUUUGGAAUUGCAAAGAAAAAUCCAAGCCGAGAAAAAUAUGCGCCGACGACCAAUACAACUAAAUAGGAAACGACCGCGUGGAUUCUCCAUGUGCGAAUCUGUCAUGGGCCACGGCGCCCUUUAUUCACCAUAUUACAUCCCAGGAAACAUUCUUAAAGAAUACCUGAUGAUAAGGAAGAAUCAGUGGCGAGAAAAGAGACGAAAAGCGAGAAUGGAAAGCGAUAAUCCGGAUUAUAAUGAAUUUUAUGAAGCGUUCUGCUACGACAAUAGCAAAGAUGAAUUCCGGCUGUUAUGCUGCAUUCCGAAACCAUACGAACGAUGCUUUGAUGUGCCAUGCCAAUUUGAUUAUUUAAAGAUCUACAGGUGCUCUUCGUACGAGGUGGAGAUUUAUUUUUUGUACAAUGAAAGAUGGUACGAAGACAAAACGAAAUAUCUAAGAGAAAUGCGAGAAGCAUAUUAUGCAACGCUGAAAUAUUAUAAAAACAAAGUCGUGGUUACCGAUUUUUUCAAAUACACACAAACAACCGCGUCGGAGUAUUACUGGUUUCGAUCGGAAUUGUUUCGAAGGAUGACGCGAAGCGAAAUUGAAGAGGCAUAUUCAAGAAAUAAUAAUUGGAUAAUAUUUCUUUUCAUUGAUCUGGACACAAACGAACUCCUUCAAAAUUUGCCACCAUUGUACAGCAGAAAAGCGCGGAAACGCCUUCAUCAAUACGCAAAGCAAGGAAGACUUACUCACUCGGAAAAGACUAAUAUGGAUAUUCUCGAAGCACUCUAUUUGCUUCAAAAGCGACGUCUACGGAAGAAAUGCAGAUUGGCGUAUUUUCGACGAUAUGCUGCGAAGCAUGAAGAAUUGGAUCCUGAGGAAGCGAACUGGUAUCAAAUAGAGAGUGACCUUGUAUUUAAAAUGAAUCAUCUGCGCAAAAAGAAACUGCGGCUAGAGAGAAAAAUGGAAUGUCCGUCGGGCUAUUUCAGCAAUUCUACCGACAGCGAUCCUGACUGUGGUGUUGAUGGAGGUCCAACUUAUGUGAUGCAACAACUUCGCAAAUUGUUCAUCCAUGAACUUCACACUUUGCUUCUUUUAUUAGAAACGCAGAAUGAGUUGUCAUCGGGAAAUAUUUUGCGAGCUGUUCCUUUAAUCAAUCAAGCUUCACAGCAAUUCGGGUUGUUGUCAAACGAGAUGAAGCCAGAGGAUACUGUAGUAGUAAAGUCCACAAUGGAACUCAUCAAAAAGCCGAGAAACAAUCUUGCUUAUUGGUUCAUGCAUUCUCAUAAGCUAUUGAGCGAAAAGCUCUGUCUAUACGCUUCAGAUAUUCUUGCUCCACCUAUCAAUCACGAAGAAGCGAGAGAGGAAUUCCUUGAUUUUGAUGAUCAUUUUGGAUUAAUAAAAGAGUGUUUCAAGUUUUGCAAAAAAUCAAAAGCCUACUACAUGUGUAUCUGUGUAGGAGGACGAGAAACUAUUUCAGAAGAUGACAAGUAUAUUGAGAAAUAUUUUCCUAAUAAAAGAGGUUUUGCGGAAGAUUUUUUGAAUGCAGUUGAUAGUAUUCACAAUGCGAAAACAAAAGGAAAGUAUGAAGAUUUGGUUGAUUCAAAAUUCUUCCACAAUUAUGUAAUGCCUGUGAUUCAGGCUGCCUUUGCUGAAUAUGAUCUCUACAAUUUAGAAGAUUCAACCGAGCACCAAGCUCAUCGUGAAAUAAAAAAACUCAGAAUUCCAGAAAAGGAAAAAGAAUUUUUGAAGCGACUUAUGACUUGCGUUUGUCUUACACAUCGUCAAGUGGGUCGCAUUGAAAAGUAUGAGCCGAAUCCGAACGAAUUCGUGCCAAUCAUGUUCGAAAUUCCAUCUAACUUAAAUGAAAUGAAGACUAAACACCAUAGACAUUUUGAAGAAAAUGUGGAGCGCAAAAGGAUGACAGAGUUUGUAAAUCGCUAUAUGCAUCCAGAAGCUGAAAACUAUAACCAAAAGGAGGAGUCAUUCAAAAUACCGUUUCAUUAUCGUCACUAUGAUGCCGAAAAUCGCGUUACAUUCUUCGGCGAGGAGAUUGAACGUGGAAUCUACAUGAUAACAACAUAUCGUGGAAGAGUUUUCAAUUGCGAAGUCAACAUCCGCCAAUUCUACGAAAAAAUUCUGACAAAAGUUCGACUCAACUCAACGCUUAAAGCACUUUCCCUUGCUUCAACUGCUGAAGAGCUUCAAUUCAAUGCGAAGGAAGAGCUAGCACGCAGAGAAAACGCACGGUUACGUCGACAAUACACAUACGGAGCGUCAUAUACUCAUCAAAUUGAGAAUAAUUUAAUAUAA